AUGGCGCUUAUUACAAAUGGCCGUUCCUUUGGGAGCAUUUACAGGAAGUUCAAGCCUCACAUCCUGAUGGCUGUGGCUCAGCUGGGCUAUACUUUUCUAUAUUUUAUCACAGAGGCUUCUUUCAAUCAUGGAAUGAAUCCUCAUGUCUAUAUUACUUACCGACAUAUUGUAGCUGGUGUAGUCAUGCUCCCUUUUGCCUAUUUUCUUGAGAGAAAAGUCAGGCCGAAGCUCACAUUGGCUCUUCUAUUGGAAAUUUUUGUCCUUUCUCUACUUGGGGUGGGUUUGACUCUGAACAUGUACUUUGCAAGCUUGAGAUACACCUCCCCAACCUUCGUUGCAUCAAUGGUGAACACCAUAGCUUCCAUGACUUUUGUAAUAGCAGUUGUACUAAGGAUGGAGGUUCUUGAUCUCCGAAGUCGUCGUGGGAUGGGAAAAGUUUUGGGGACCUUGAUUUCCUUGGCUGGUGUAAUGACCAUGACUCUAUACAAGGGACCUCUAAUGAGAAAUCUAUGGCACCCGCUAAUCCAUGUUCAAGGGAAAACUGCCACCCACGAGAACUGGUUAAAGGGCUCUAUUCUAACUGUUGCAAGCUGUAUAACAUGGUCCAUAUGGUACAUUAUGCAGGCAUUUACAUUAAAAAGAUAUCCUGCUCAACUGUCACUGACUGCAUGGAUGAGCUUUAUUGGAGGAGCACAAUCAGCUGUCUUCACAGUGAUCAUAGAACAUAAACGAGCUGCUUGGACCAUAGGAUUCAACAUUGACUUCUGGUCAACCAUAUACGGUGGAGUGGUAGUUUCUGGUUUGAUUGUCUUCAUUCAACUGUGGUGCACGGAAAAAAAAGGACCAGUUUUUGUGACCAUGUUUAAUCCUCUUUCAACAAUAUUAGUAGCAAUUCUGGCAUACUUUGUCCUUGGCGAAAAACUGUACAUGGGCAGCAUACUAGGGGCAGUAAUCGUCAUCAUUGGCCUAUAUAUGCUGCUGUGGGGUAAAGAUGGAGACCAACAAGUUCACAACGAUUCGCAAGAGCAAACUUAUUCCCCUUACAACGAGCAAAAGGAUAACAACAACACGCUCAUGAUUACUUCAGCUCACAAGGAAGAAUCAAAGUGCGAACCUUAA